AUGUCGGCACCAAUUAAGACUAAGCCAAAGUCUUCUAUGAAGAUAGACAAUGCUCCUACACCACACAACACACCUGCCAGUGUGCUGAAUAACAGCUACUUGAAGAACGGCAAUCCAGUGGGCAAGAGCAAGCCUCCACCAACGAUUAGCGAGGAAGAUAUUCAAACUGCGUUGAGUUCGCAGCAGCCACUAUUGCUCGGUGCAAUCCAGGAAAAGCUGGGGUCUCUUGUAGGCCAGGAUAGUGGAUACGUUGAUUCUUUGCCACAGGUAGUUAGAAAUAGAAUAUUUGCUCUAAAGAAGCUGCAAUCCGAUCUGUUUGGUAUUGAGAAGGACUUCCAAGUGGAAUUAUUCGAGUUGGAGCACAAGUACUUACAAAAAUACGCGCCUCUACAUGCCCGUCGUAGCGAGAUCAUUAGUGGUAAGCAAGAACCAACCUCUGAAGAAGUUGCUGCAGGUAAAGAAAUUCAAGAAAAGGAAGAAGGUGAAGAAGAAGAAGGUGAAAAGCCAACUGACAUUCAACUAACGGAGGAAGACAUCAAGGGCAUUCCAUCAUUCUGGCUCACUGCUCUGGAAAACUUGCCAAUUGUCUCAGACACAAUCACUGAUCGUGAUGCUGAAGUGCUUGAAUAUUUGCAAGAUGUCAGCAUCGAAUAUCUAACUGAAGGCAAGCCAGGUUUCCUUCUGAAGUUCAAAUUCAGUGAGGAAAACCCAUACUUCAAGACCCCAGAACUAACUAAGACAUACUACUACCAAAGUGAGCUUGGUUACUCUGGUGAUUUCAUCUAUGAUCAUGCAGAUGGCUGUUCUAUUGACUGGGUAGACAACGACUCCAAUGUUACCAUUGCCGUUGAGAUGCGCAAACAGAGAAACAAGACCACAAAGCAAGUGCGUACGAUAGAGAAGAUCACGCCGAUUGAAUCAUUCUUCAACUUCUUCGACCCACCAAAGAUGGCCGGCGAUGAAGAAGACGAAGAAGACCUGGAAGACCUGGAAGAAAGACUAGCGCUAGACUAUUCCAUCGGUGAACAAAUAAAGGACAAACUAAUUCCUCGUGCUGUAGAUUGGUUUACUGGUGCAGCAUUGGAAUUUGAGUUCAACGACGCACCAGAAGAUGAAUUCGAUGAAUUCGAAGAUGAGGACGAGGACGAGGAUGAAGAUGAAGAAGAAGACGAGGAUGAAAGAGACGACUUCGCAAAUAAGAAAGAAGAACCUCCUGAGUGCAAACAAUCUUAA